AUGCAUCCAAUAUUUCCAGUCCUGUUGGUUACAGCUUCAACCGCAUUAGCUAGUCAAAGUGUGUUCAGUGUUCACGAUGACUUACUUGCAUUUCCCCAGUAUGAAGUAGUAUUUUCGGAUUCAUUCCUCUCGGAUCAGGAAGCAGAUUUUAUCAUCAAUCAUCUCCCCUCACCCAUUCACGAUACUCAACAAUCUUCCGACUCCAAAAGUAUAUCAUCUCAACAUCCCAUCCAAGAUAACCCCACCGAUCAUGAAUUCGACCCCUCCAAGCAAACUCAUGAGCUUAUGUGGCUACAAGGCCAAGCACAUCUCUGUACGAUUCCCAUAGUUUCUCUCCCUCCACGAAACGAAACCUCAGAAGCGGAAGCUCGCGCUGCUGAACAAAAAGAGCUUGCCCGAGCAACUGAUCGUGGUUGGGAAUUACUUCAAGAUCUAGAGAAUAAUUGUUUAUAUUUUGUAUCUGGAUGGUGGUCUUAUUCAUUUUGCUACAACAAUGAAAUCACACAAUUUCAUCAACUACCACCACAACCCGGAAAGGCCCCUUACCCACCCCAACCGGAUCCAUCAGCUCAAGAAUUCAUUCUCGGAAAAGCAAAGAAAUCAUCGAAAAGUAUGAGUAAAGAGGAUGAGUGGGGAAAUCAAAUAGAAGCACAUACGACAACCAAAAAGGGGGAUUCACCCAAAACCGAACUUCAAGUCAAGGGCGAUACUCGCUACCUGGUUCAAAAAAUGGAAGGUGGCACGAUUUGUGAUCUCACAGGCAAACCUCGUCAAGUCGAAGUUCAAUUUCACUGCAAUCCCAACGUCAAAGAUCGCAUCGGCUAUAUCAAAGAAAUGACAACCUGUUCAUACCUUAUGGUCGUGUACACGCCCCGUCUCUGUGAUGACGUAGCAUUCAUGCCUCCCAAAGCAGACAAAGCCAACAGCAUAGUCUGCAAACGUGUGGUCUCAUCUUCGGACAUCCCUUCCCGCCUCGAAGCCGCUUCUUCCUCUGGCCCAUCUUCCAAACCUCUGCCCUCAAACCCCUUAGUUGUCGGAGGUAUAACUGUUGGCGCAGGUAAAUUUAUCGGCAAGGAAGGACAACGUCUACCCAUCCCAGCAAAUUUUGCCGAUGGUGAGGUCCCAAGUCGAAGCGAAGUUAUUGCCCGCGGCAAAAGUAAGAGUGAGGGGGGUCAAGUCGAAGUCAUUAGUCAACAUGCGCUAGAAAAGAUGGAUCUUGAUCCAAAAAUGAUCGAAAGGUUACAAGAGGAAGUUAAAAAGUUGGCUGGGGAUAAGGGUUGGAAAAUUGAAGUGGUAGAUGUACCAGGACAAGUUAGGGAGAUCUUGGGAAUAGUAGAGGAUGAUGGUGGACAAGGUUAUGAAAAGGGUCCGGGAAGACCUAUCGAAAAGCCUGAAAAAAAGGCGAAUGAUAAGGAGAGAGAUGAGGGGAAAGUUGUAUUUGAAGAUGAAGAGACUGAGGAAGGUAGUGAGGAAAUUUUCAAGGAUGAAUUAUAA